UGAGUGUGUGUUUCUGUGUGUGUGCUGAACUGAGCGGAGGUGAAGAAGAGGAGGAUGAAGCUGGGAUCGGAGGAUGGGAGGAAGAGUGGAGUAAGAGACAGGCUAGCUGUGUGUGAAUGAGUGAGUGAGGAAGAGGAGAGGAAGGUCGUCGGAGGGACCAAAAACAAAGACUUGGAUAUUUUGGGGAUAACCUCCGGAACGUUACUAACGGAAACUUUCAACUUUUUACCCGCCACAUCUCGGCUUGUUGUGUCCGGAGCCGGCUUUGUUUCACGGCGGGGGAGUCUACGAUAAAUGAAGGAAUAAAAUAGAUCCCCAUCGACCUUUUUCUACCGGAGCGGGGAAUACCCUGGGACUGCUUUUGAUAAAGGUUACGAUAGAAUGGCGGCCAACAUGUACCGAGUGGGAGAUUACGUGUACUUCGAGAACUCCUCCAGCAACCCUUACCUGAUCCGUAGAAUAGAAGAGCUCAAUAAGACAGCCAAUGGGAACGUGGAAGCAAAGGUGGUUUGUCUGUUCAGGAGGCGAGACAUCUCAGGCAACCUCAACACUCUGGCUGACAGCAAUGCACGAGAGUUUGAGGAGGAGUCGAAGCAGCCGACGCCGUCUGAACAACAGAAGCACCAGCUCAAACACAGAGAACUCUUCCUGUCCCGACAGUUUGAAUCUCUACCUGCUACUCACAUACGGGGGAAAUGUAACGUCACCCUGCUGAAUGAAACAGACGUGUUGGCAGGAUACCUGGACAAAGAGGACUGUUUCUUCUACUCGUUGGUGUUCGACCCCAACCAGAAGACCCUCCUGGCGGACCAGGGCGAGAUCCGAGUGGGCUCCAAGUACCAGGCAGAGAUCCCCGACAAGCUGGCAGAGGGGGAAGCAGACACCCGCAUCCAGGAGAAGCUGGAGACCAAGGUGUGGGACACCAACAACCAGCUCAAAGACCCCCAGAUCGACCAGUUCCUGGUGGUGGCGAGAGCUGUGGGGACCUUUGCUCGGGCCCUUGACUGCAGCAGCUCCAUCCGGCAGCCCAGCCUCCACAUGAGCGCCGCGGCAGCCUCCAGAGACAUCACACUGUUCCACGCCAUGGACACGCUGCAGAAGAACAGCUACGACCUGGCCAAAGCCAUGUCCACGCUGGUCCCUCAGGGGGGGCCGGUGCUGUGCCGCGACGAGAUGGAGGAGUGGAGCGCCUCCGAGGCCAUGCUGUUCGAGGAGGCUCUUGAGAAAUACGGCAAAGACUUCAACGAUAUCCGCCAGGACUUUCUUCCCUGGAAGUCUCUAGCCAGUGUGGUCCAGUUCUACUACAUGUGGAAGACUACCGACCGCUACAUCCAACAGAAACGACUAAAGGCAGCAGAGGCAGACAGCAAGCUGAAGCAGGUGUACAUCCCCACCUACACCAAGCCCAACCCAAACCAGAUCAUGGCCCCCGGCAGCAAGCCCGGCAUGAACGGGGCCCCUGGCUUCCAGAAAGGACUCAGCUGUGAGAGCUGCCACACGGCCCAGUCUCCUCAGUGGUAUGCCUGGGGGCCUCCCAACAUGCAGUGCAGACUGUGCGCCUCCUGCUGGAUCUACUGGAAGAAGUACGGAGGCCUGAAGACCCCUACACAGCUAGAGGGCGCUGCUAGAACUGGCUCUGAGACCGGCCCCCGUGGUCACAUGACCCGCCAGGAGGUGCAGGGCUUAUCGCCGUUUACUCGCAACGAGGGGCGGGCCAAGCUGCUGGCCAAGAACCGGCAGACGUUCAUCCUGCAGACCACCAAGCUGACCCGCAUCGCCCGGCGGGUGUGCGAGGACAUCCUGCAGCCGCGGAGGGCCGCACGCAGACCCUACGCCUCCAUCAACGCCAACGCCGUCAAGGCUGAGUGUAUAACCAGGCUGCCCAAAGCCACGAAGACCCCCGUAAAGACGAAGGUGAUCCCUCGACCGUCCCUGGCCAACAUCGUGAAGGAUUUAGCCAUCACAGCUCCUCUGAAACUGAAGGCGUCCAGAGGCCCCCCCACCCCCAUCAACAGGAACCAGGCCAGCACGCCCCGCGUGGGACAAAGCCUGCUGGGAAAGAGAGGCUUUGAAAGCGCUGCAGGCGUGCCUUACCCAGCCAAUGGGAGGCCGUACACUUCAGGUAUGAGGACCACCUCGCAGUCGGUCAUCAAGAGGCAGAAGGUCAGCCAGGGAGAGGCCCCCAACCCUGUGGUGUUCGUGGCUACCAAGGACACCAGGGCUCUGAGGAAACACCUGACUCAGUCCGAGAUGCGCCGGGCGGCGAGGAAACCCCACCUCAUGGUCCGGAUUAAACUGCCCCCACCCCCCCGCUCCCUGGUCAUGCCCCUGCUCCCCUCCAGCACCAGUGAACCCAUCGUCCUGGAGGACUGAAGGGGCACACAGGGGGGGGGGGGUCUUUUAACAGGACACAGGGGUCGGGUGGGAGUGGGGGGGGUCUGUGCUCAGGCCGUCACUUAACAGGCAGCACAGGACGCCAUACAGUAGUCUUUUCUUUUCCUCUUUCUGUGUCAUUAUUCUUUAGUCCUCUGUUACUCCCCAAAAGUUGAUGUGUCCGAAACACACACACACACACACGCACUUAUACGACUGUACAUUUCAUUACAUGAAACACACACACUCACACAACACCCUGGGCUUUGUAGUAUUUAAUUCCAGCUCCAGAGUUCUUUUUGCUCCCUUUUCGAUGCCGCCUGUUUUUAAAAUGUGUAAUUUAAAUCAAGAUAUUUCUCAUCCUGAUACAAUGGUGAUAAAGCACACUUUGUUGUUCCUCCACGUCUCUAUCCUUGUGUAAAUAUAUGCACCUAUAAGGGGGGGGGGGGGCACAGUAUAACAGGAGUGGGACAAAUGAACAGGACGAAGGUUUAAUUGAAUAACUAACUAAAUAGAUCCUGACAGGUCCUUCCCAUCUGCACAUCCAAAUGACUGAGUGAGCACAAAGCCAGAGUCUCACAUGUCUGUGCAGACAAAAUGUCAUUUCAUAUCAGUAACGGGCUGAAAUGACCAUUAUUUAAUCAUAAAUUGACUCGCUAAAAAAAUCCUCUUCAUACAUUAUUUUUAAAAAUGCAGAUUUUCACUGCUCAUCUAGAAAGAACAAUAGUCCAUAAUGAAAUAUUCCUUUUUAUUAUGAUAAGCAAUGUCAUCACAUUUUUAAUGGAGGUUCUGAAAAAUGCAUGAACUUAAUCCUGUUUUAAAAAUACUGACAUGUUGAUCCUGACUUGCUCAAAUUGGUUUUGUGGUCACUCAAUAGUUUUGCUUUUAUUAAACCCUCCGUACCGUCUCCAGGCGUCACAGAAGCCAUUACAAAAAAAAUUGUAAUUUUUCAACCGAGCAAAAUGUUGUCUUUAUUCUCUCGUCAUGCUUUUAUAGCUUUUAGCUGGUUUGAAGGGAGCAGUUCACUGGCACCUGUUCUCUUGCCCUCAUCUAAUACAUUAGAACAGGCUGACUGGAAUCAAAGGGGGGGGGGGGGGGCAUUGCUUAAAGGAGGGAUCAUAGUGUUGGGGGGAAUCUAAGGAUUGUGGUCAGCAUGGAUUUGGAGUUACUGUGUGACUUUCCAUGAUGAGACGACACAUGUGGCUUUGAGGUACUAUGUUUGAGUCUGCAAAGGUCCAAAAUGAAGCCAUAAUGUGCAAAAAGAGAACAGAAAAAAGACGACGGUUUGACACUUUUAAUCGAGGGGUCAUGGUCAAUUAAAGCCACAGCAUUUCUGACAAUGUACUGUUUGGUUGGUUUGAAGGAAACUGACGCGAUUAUGUUACUGGUCAGUUGAUGAAAGUCUGUUUUUAGAAAAGGAAAAGAAAAAAGCAGCGAUAUGUAAAUGAACGGAAGACAAUUGGGGCCAAAAGUGAAGUUCUGAAAAAAAAAAGAGAUCAAAGUUCAACUUUUCUCCAAUAUGAAUUCAUCCGGAACUUUUUGUUCAUAGGCCUUUUAUCCUCUUCUGUAAAUGUUUUGAUGCAGAACGGUGUUUUUGAUUGUGAUUGGGUAUGAUAACAAUGCGAAAGAAAUCUUCAGCUGUCUCGACGUGCUUUCCUUUCCUUUGUUUAUUUUCUUCCCCUUGUUUGUACCGUUAUGAAAGAGUGAGUAGUGAAAGCAAGUUGUUAAUUGGGUGAUUAUAAUUCCUGUGAAUCCCCACAGCAGUGAGGGCUUCCACUGGUUUUAUACGCAAGUUUGGUCCCAAUGUGGGCUUUGUAAUAUUUCUCAAAAAAAGAAAAUAAAUUUGAAGUGUUGAGUUUGUAGCAAAUACUAAUCUGUGUAAAGACAAGUGGAAAACUGGCAUAUUUUAAACUUUUUUACAUCUGAAGUGUGUAAUUCUGCUCCAUUGUUGUGGAGAUGGCUCUAAUAGGCUACUGUACAUGUGAAACAUUGCUCUCCUUCAUAGGGUGGGUGGGGGGUGGCCAUUUGAACCGGGGGCGACAUUCAAAAGGGACAGGGUGCUGAUUUUUGUAUGAUGGAGAGACAAACAUGCUACAACUGAAACCUUUUCUCAAGUGUUUUUUAUUCCGAUGUCUCUGUAUCCUUUAAUGUAUCUUGAUAAGAAAAGAAAUAAAGAAUUUGUUUUUCUUCGUGGUCAGU